GGUUGUUUUGGCUGUUGAGCUAAUUUAAGUCGACAUGUCUGGCCGUGGAAAGCAAGGGGGUAAAGCCCGGGCCAAAGCGAAGACUCGGUCAUCCCGAGCCGGCCUGCAGUUUCCUGUCGGCCGCGUGCACCGCCUGCUCCGCAAGGGCAACUACUCGGAGCGCGUCGGGGCCGGCGCGCCCGUGUACCUGGCGGCCGUGCUCGAGUACCUGACGGCCGAGAUCCUGGAGCUGGCGGGCAACGCGGCGCGCGACAACAAGAAGACGCGCAUCAUCCCGCGCCACCUGCAGCUGGCCAUCCGCAACGACGAGGAGCUCAACAAGCUGCUGGGCCGCGUCACCAUCGCGCAGGGCGGCGUGCUGCCCAACAUCCAGGCCGUGCUGCUGCCCAAGAAGACCGAGAGCCACCACAAGGCCAAGGGCAAAUAAAAAUUUAGCCCAGGUCGCACGCAUUUUAUACUACAGCAAAAAAAAGGCUCUUUUCAGAGCCAUCCAUAUUUUCACAAGAAUGGCUGAUAACCAAGUUUGUGCUACCUUGGUAGAACCAAUCCUGAGUAAAUCUGUAAAAAGAAAAAUUGAAACUUAAGAAAACAGGUCAUCUAUGGGCUGAGUGUGUACCCGAAGUUUAAGUUCGCUACAAGAAGUUCAAGGGGCUAAGAUGUACAAGCAGAGAAGA